GCGUCCUGCAGCUUCUCGGCCCACAAGGGCCCGUCUGGCCCGACCUCCACGCGUUCGACCCUCCCAGCGCCAGCACUUACUCUCGAUGGCGUCUGGGCGAAUACGAGUACGCGUAUGCAGCCAUUCCUCUGGAGCGCCGCGAAGCACCUCUGACCCGCGCAGAGCUCCAGUCCGAGAUUCGCGCAAUGAUGGCCGAGCAGGCCUCGAGGUUGCAGGGUCCGCCGCUCGGCACUCCAGGGGCUGGCGUUCCUCCUCGGGCGGGCGCGCCCCAGCUCUUCGCGGACGAGGCCGCCCGCCUGGGCCUGCAGGGCGGCCGCGCUCCCGAGCACCCGGGGGGCAUGGCCGCCCGCAGCGAUGGUGCCGCCGAGCCUGCUGCUUCGGCGGGCGGCGCCUCGGCUGCCAGCGAGGGCGCCUCCGAAGGCGCCCCUCGGCCCCGUGGGCCGAUCAACGCGCUAGACUACCGCAGCCGCGCGUCAGCACCCGCCGCGCCAGCAGCCGACGCUGAGGCUUCUGGCGCGGAGGGUGCGCACGCGGCGGGCCACGACGCAGGGCAUGCGACUCCCGGUGCUCCUAUGCGCCGGGCCACUUUGGCCGCCGUGCCCGGCCCCGGCGAUCUGGCCUCGAUGCGCGCGGCGCACGGCCGUGACGCCGUGACGGGCUCGGACGCUAGGGCCGUCCGACGACCUGCCGCCGCCCCGCGGCUAGCGGCUGCGCGCAGCCUGCUGCAGGUCCGUGCGGGCGCGGGACACUCCGCGAUCCAGCGCCAGUUCCGCGUGCUGGCCAGCCGGUUCCACCCGGGCAAGCCUACGGGUGACCUAACCCGCUGGAGGAGGUUCUCUGAGGCUAAGAACGUCCUCCUCCAGGCCGACCAGGCUGAGGCGGACGGCGCGGACCCUGCCGCGGGGAGCGGUGCAGCGGCGCGUGCGUUGGCCAAGGCCCACGCCGCGGGCAAGGGCAAAGGCCGCGGCGGGCGGGCAGUCGGCGUGACGCACAUGCUGGCCUCCCUCGACGACGCCUUGAGCGAUCGCGUGCACUCCGCGCGGAGCGAGAUCCGUGCGGGCUCGCAGCUCACGGACGGCUCCGCGUGCCCUCCGACUCGCCGCUCGGGGGUCUCCGAGCCGCAGGCGGCUAGGCCCACGUCGGAGGCGCUCGCUGUAGCCGAGGAUGUCGCCUCGCGUGCUGCCGCGAACCUCGGGGGGAUCAGGGAGGCGCGCAGCGCAAUCCAGAGGGCUGUCGUCGCUGACCCCCUGCACGACCCAGCAGCGAGGGCUCGUGCCCGCCGGGACCUGGCGACGGGGAUGGCUGAGCGCAUCCACAUGCGCCGCCUCACCGCCGCGGCGCAGGCGGAAAGCCGAGGGGAGCCUCGGACAGCUCCGCACGAGCUGGCUCGGCGGUUCAGCUCGACGCCGAGGGGGCUUCCCCUCCGAGGCGAGGUUCAGGCUCGCGCCGGGCGCGAAGCCUUCGCGGCGCGGGCGCCAGAUGGGAUCCCCUCCCGCGGGGGCCCGUCUCUGGACCAGCACGAGGCGGUCUUCGCCGCCGACCCUCGGGCCCACGCCCGCGCCGACCAGGAGGCCGGCGACGCGGCCCGCGUCAGCUCCGCCGCCCGUUCUGGGGACCUCGCGUGCUGGGCCCAAGGCGUGCCCGCGCCCUCCUGCGCCGAGGCCGCCUGCCCCGCCUGCAGCGCGGGCUCCACUUCCGCCGCCUCCGCCUCCUCCGGUGCGAGUUGGCCCGCGGCGACGGUGUCCCACGAGGCGGCGACCGCGCGGGACCACCGCUUCCGCCGACGCCCGAGGGGGCGCCUGGCCCUGAGGGCGGCGCUCGGUCCCGCCAUCGGGCGAGGCGGGUUCCAGCAGGGCCGUUACGACCUUGCAGGGUUCCCGUCCAGCCGCCGAGGCUGCGCCAGCACGCCCGGCUCCUGCGACGCCGCCCGCUUCGGCGCCCUCGGCUGGCGCGUCGAGAUCGGGGGCGAACCCGUGGUGGUGGUCGACUACCCGUCGGACGACCCCGCCAUGGUUGAGCUGUGCCAGAACGCAGUCUGGUGGCUGCAGCACUUCUGCCCGGAUGGGCUCAACGAGCCCAAGAGCGACGACGCGCUGGCCUGCUUGCACGAGGGCCUGCUGACCUACGGCCGCCUUUUCGGCCCGGAGGGUCUUGCGCCCGUCGCUGAGCCGAGCUGGCUCACGCUGGUCUCCGGAGCCGUCGACGCGAGCACUGUCCCGGCGAAGUUUCGGGCCAUGGCUUCCGGUGCAGUGCGCGGCAUCGGCCUCGGGGCGAACGUGCACCGACGCCGCCAGGCUGCUGCCCUAGCCUGCCUUUUUGACAUGCUAGGUCACGCCACCGCGGAUGGCUCCGCCCCGCCUCCCGCGUUUUGGAGCAGCGAUGGGGGCGCGCCACCGCGCUGGCAGGCUGGGCUCAACGCUAUCUCCAGCGUCCCACACCCAUUGGGAUGGACGCCAGCGCGGCAGCGCGCUAGCGCAGCUCCUAGCAUCGCGUGGGCGACGGCCUGCGAGACAGGAGUGUACGCGUGGCCGACGCCUCUGUCCUCGCAGAUUGAGGCAGAGGCCCGCCGCGCGGUGCGCGAGACAGGAGUGGACUACACUGAGGUCCGCGCUGAUCUCGCGCGCCGUUCUGGCGUCGAGCGACCUAUCGUCGCCAAGUGCCUGCCGCCGUUCUACCGCUCGCGCCGCGAGCGCAGCGCGGUGCUGGGCAUGGAAGGGCGCCCCAGCGGCCCGCUCGCACGGCAGGCACCUCAGACGCCCACGACGCCCGCGCUGGGGGCCGCCAGCCAGACGGGCCGCCUGCCCGCA